GGGCAGGGAGGAGAGUCCGCACGGAAGUCGGCUAAGCGCUGGGCGGCUUCGCAGCCCCUCUCGGGUUCCCUCCGAGCCCCGCGGGCCCGGCGCCCAGCACCGCCACCAGCAUGCGGGGAGAAGAGAGCCUCCGGACCCUGGUGGGGACCGAAGGGGACAGCCUCCUGCUGAUGGACCUCAACACCACUGAGACCGAGGCCUCUGAGCCAUGGGACUAUGUCCUUGUGGCUGAUCGUUGCACCCAGAGAAACCCCAGGCAGGUCCAGCGGCAGCAGCAGUUCCUGGAAGAGCUCGAGAGGAAGGGCUUCUGCUACAAGGCGAGGGAGGACCAGGAGAAGGUGUUCUUUGGGAUCCGAGCUGACAACCGGGUCUUUGAGCGGUACCGCAGACUUCUCAUGGAGCCCGAGGCUACCGCCCCCAGAGGGGAGCUGGCCAGGCCAACUUCCAUCCCAGCCACCACCAGCCAGCUCUUGUGUUCCAGAAUCCGAAUUGUCCACUUUGUGCUGAACAGCAAGAUGGCAGCUGGUGACACGCUCCAGGAUUUGGUGAAGGAUGGGGUCUUUGAGGCCGGGUUUCCCCUACACAAGGGGGAGGAAGACCUAAAGAAGAAAUGGGCCCGGUGGAGAAACAUGUUCCAAGAGCAGCCAAUUGGUGACAUCAGGAACUACUUCGGUGAGAAGGUGGCCCUGUACUUCGCCUGGCUCGGCUGGUACACCUACAUGCUGGUGCCCGCCGCGGUGGUGGGCCUCAUCAUCUUCCUGAGCGGGUUUGCCCUUUUCGAAGCCAGCCAGAUCAGCAGGGAGAUCUGUGAGGCCCACGACGUCUACAUGUGCCCUCGCAGCGACCACAACCCCAGGUACCAGCGGCUCUCAGAAACCUGCUCCUUCGCCAAGCUCACCCACCUCUUCGACAACGAGGGCACCGUGCUGUUCGCCAUGUUCAUGGCGCUGUGGGCCACCGUGUUCCUGGAGUUGUGGAAGCUGGAGCGAGCCCGUGUGGUCCUGCAAUGGGACCUGUACGGGUGGGACGAGGACCAGGAGGAAAUGGCGCUGGGGCUCACUGCCUGCCCUGACUACCAGCCCCGGCUGCACCAGCACUCCUACAUGCGGAGUACCGUCAUCCUCCUUCUAUCUCUGUUGAUGAUCUGCCUGAUGAUAGGCAUGGCCCACGUCCUGGUGAUCUACCGCGUCCUGGCCGCUGCCCUUUUCAGCUCCGCCUUGCCCUUCCUGGGGGAGCAGGUGACCACGGCCGUGGUGGUGACCGGGGCCCUGGUUCACUAUGUGAGCAUCCUCGUCAUGACCAAGAUCAACAAAUAUGUGGCACUGAAGCUUUGUGACUUUGAGAAGCCCAGGACCUUCUCAGAGCGAGAGAGCAAGUUCACCAUCAAGUUCUUCACUCUGCAGUUCUUUGCUCACUUCUCCUCCCUUAUCUACACCGCCUUCAUCCUGGGCAGGAUCAACGGUAACCCCGGGAAGUCCGUGCGCCUGGCAGGGCUGUGGAAGCUGGAGGAGUGCCAUCUCAGCGGCUGCAUGAUGGACCUGUUCGUGCAGAUGGCCAUCAUCAUGAGUCUGAAGCAAACGCUCAGCAACUGCAUGGAGUACCUGGGCCCGUGGCUGGCCCACAAGUGUCGCUUCAUGCGAGCCACGUCCCAGGACCCCGAGCUGAGGCACUGGCAGCGCAACUACCGCCUGAGCCUGGUCAACACCUUCAGCCUGUUCGACGAGUUCAUGGAGAUGAUGAUCCAGUACGGCUUCACCACCAUCUUCGUGGCCGCCUUCCCGCUCGCCCCGCUGCUGGCGCUCUUCAGCAACCUCGUGGAGAUCCGCCUGGACGCCAUCAAGAUGGUCUGGCUGCAGCGGCGCCUGGUGCCCCGCAAGGCCAAGGACAUCGGGACCUGGCUGCAGGUGCUGGAGAUCAUCGGCGUGCUGGCGGUCAUCGCCAACGGGAUGGUCGUCGCCUUCACAUCUGAGUUCAUCCCCCGAGUGGUGUACAAGUACCGCUAUGGCCCGUGCCGACAGGGGGCCCACCCUGCAGUCGACUGCCUCACGGGCUACGUCAACCACAGCCUGUCCGUGUUCUACACCAAGGACUUCCAGAAUCCUGUUGAAAUAGAGGGCUCAGAGAAUGUGACCGAAUGCAGGUACCGGGACUAUGGCACCGCUCAGAACUCCAGCUUCACUGAGCAGUCCUGGUUCCUCCUGGCCAUCCGCCUAGCCUUUCUCAUCCUCUUCGAGCACGUGGCCUUAUGCGCCAAGCUCAUUGCUGCCUGGUUUGUGCCUGAUGUGCCUCAGUCGGUGAAGAAUGAAGUCCUGAAGAAGAAGCACCAGAGACUUGGGGAGGCGGGGCUGCCGGGGCCUGGGGUGGGGCCUGGCCCUGAGUCCCCAGGUACCAGAGACACCGGCCGCCGGAGAGCACAGACGCGGAGCGGGCCCGGAGCCGGUCAAGAGGCCAAGACGCAGAGCUGCUGCCACCACCGCCCACCCCGGCCCUGGCUGUGUGUGUGGGGGGGCGGGCUUUAAGAAGACCCGCGUAUAUGCGGGGGUCCUGGGAGCCCCUGUAUGUUUGGGGUGUCUGUGAGCUGCACACCUGUCCAUGGUCUGUGAGGCCUGUUUCACCUGUGAGGGCUCAGGCUUGGUACUGCCUGACUUGAACUCUGAGUGACC